GGGGGAGGCUGUGCGGGGAGGGGCGGGGGGCGCGCGGCGCGGGGCUCCGCGAGGCCGCGCGCCCCCGGGGCCCGGGUAGUUCCUGUCACCUCUCGCCGCCCCCUCCCCGCCCUGUGCCCCUGCUCGGCAGUCCGCCGCGCUUCGCCGCCGCCGCCGCGGUCGGGACCUGAUCCCGACGCCCCUGGGAUUUCACAGGACUGUGCCAUAUCGAUCUUCUUGCCAGCUCAGCGAUGCGCUCUCCCUUCGCGUCCAGUGGUCUUUCUAGAAUUGUCUUACAGGCUGAGCUUGUGAAACCCUCCAGCCAUGACGAAAAGAGAAGCGGAGGAGCUGAUAGAGAUCGAGAUUGACGGCACGGAGAAGCCGGAGUGCACCGAGGAGAGCAUUGUAGAGCAGACCUACACUCCAGCUGAAUGUGUAAGUCAGGCCAUAGACAUCAAUGAGCCAAUAGGCAAUUUAAAGAAACUACUAGAACCAAGACUGCAGUGUUCUCUGGAUGCUCACGAAAUUUGCCUGCAGGAUAUCCAGCUGGAUCCUGAGCGAAGUUUAUUUGACCAAGGAGUAAAGACAGAUGGAACUGUACAGCUUAGUGUACAGGUAAUUUCCUACCAAGGAAUUGAACCAAAGCUAAAUAUCCUGGAAAUUGUUAAACCUGCGGAAACGGUUGAAGUAGUUAUUGAUCCAGAUGCUCACCAUGCGGAAGCAGAAGCACAUCUUGUUGAGGAAGCUCAAGUGAUAACUCUCGAUGGGACAAAACACAUUACAACCAUUUCAGAUGAAACGUCAGAACAAGUGACCAGAUGGGCGGCUGCGCUGGAAGGUUACAGGAAAGAGCAAGAGCGUCUUGGGAUACCCUAUGAUCCCAUACAAUGGUCCACAGACCAAGUCCUGCAUUGGGUGGUUUGGGUAAUGAAGGAAUUCAGCAUGACUGAUAUAGACCUCACUACACUGAAUAUUUCUGGAAGAGAACUCUGUAGCCUCAGCCAAGAAGAUUUUUUUCAGCGAGUUCCUCGGGGAGAAAUUCUCUGGAGUCAUCUGGAACUUCUUCGAAAAUAUGUAUUGGCAAGCCAAGAACAACAGAUGAAUGAGAUAGUUACAAUUGAUCAACCUGUGCAGAUUAUUCCGGCAUCAGUGCAGUCUGCUACACCAACUGCCAUUAAAGCUAUAAAUAGUAGUACAAAGGCAGCUAAAGUGCAGAGAGCUCCCAGGAUUUCAGGAGAAGAUAGGAGUUCGCCUGGAAACAGAACAGGAAACAAUGGCCAGAUCCAACUGUGGCAGUUUUUGCUAGAACUUCUUACUGACAAGGAUGCUCGAGACUGCAUUUCUUGGGUUGGUGAUGAAGGAGAAUUUAAGCUAAAUCAGCCCGAACUGGUUGCACAGAAAUGGGGACAACGUAAAAACAAACCUACCAUGAACUAUGAGAAACUUAGUCGUGCAUUAAGGUAUUAUUACGAUGGGGACAUGAUUUGUAAAGUUCAAGGCAAGAGAUUUGUCUACAAGUUUGUCUGUGACUUGAAGACUCUUAUCGGGUACAGCGCAGCGGAGUUGAACCGUUUGGUCACAGAGUGUGAACAAAAGAAACUUGCCAAGAUGCAGCUGCAUGGGAUCACCCAGCCAGUCGCAGCAGUGGCCCUGGCCGCCGCGUCCCUGCAGGCGGAGAAGGAUAACUGAGCCAGGGCCUCCGGGAGUCCACGGUCUUUCUUAAAAUGUUGGAGCAAGUCUUGCUCUUCCCUUUAUUACUGAAUUUGAAUCUUCUUUUAUUUCUAGACUGUACAAUCUGAUGCAUGAUUUUUUUUAUAAAUAUUUCAUACUCUUGUGAAUUUGGAUCUUUUUACUUUGAGCAUAUAUUUUAGAAUAUGUGUAUGUUAAACAAUCACCACAAUGUCUUUAGGCUGGUUCAUUGUGGGAUAGUUUGUUAACAGUCAGAAAAGCUAAACUGGUCAGUAUUAAUGUCUAGCCCUACCAAAAAUAGCCAGUAGCACCUGAGGAUGAAAAAUAAAUGAAGUAUCUCCAGGAAACAGUCUGGCUUAACUAUUAAUAUUUUUGAAAAUAUAACUUUCCCCUCUCUGCUGCUUUAGAUGUUGCUUUACAUAAAAACCAGAAAAUGGAAUUUUUCACAGCUGAAGCAUGUAUGCCUGUUUCAUCUAAUCAAGCAGAGCUAAAGUAGUCAUAUCCAAUAAAAUUAUAAUAUAAAAUUA